AUCUCUUUUCCACCUCUCUCUCUCUCUAACAAGUCACAAACAUAAACACAUCAGAUUUGUUUCAUCCCUUUUUUAGGCAUAUUUCUUUUUCCACCUCACACCAAAAGGAUCUCGGAGUAUUUUCCAUAUUUGUAAGCAUUAACCAUGAUUUCAUAUUCUUGUUUCCACAAAAAUCCACUUAUUUUUGGAAAAUUCUUCCGAGACUUCUUUUUUUUCCACUCCUCCAAAUACUCCCUUUGUUCCCAAUUAGGAGUCACUCUUUGAACGGGCACGGGUUUUAAGGAAGUGUUUGAAUGUGUGGUAUAAUAAAUGGAGUUAGGUAGUGGAAUGUGGGACCUCUUUGACUUUUAGGGUAUUUUUGAUGUUCAAAUAUAGUAAGUAGGAAGAGUGACUCUUAAUCGGGGACGGAGGGAGUAUUUAUUAUCCUCACAUAAUUCCCCCAAAACCACCACUACUCUUUGAAUUUUUCACAAAUUUUGUUUCCCUUUUCCUUUGAGAGAAGAAAAAUGGUGAGAGGAAAGACUCAGAUGAGGCGUAUAGAGAACGCGACAAGCAGGCAAGUGACGUUCUCGAAGAGGAGAAAUGGGCUGCUGAAGAAGGCCUUCGAGCUCUCGGUUCUGUGCGAUGCUGAGGUGGCACUCAUCAUCUUCUCCCCUAGAGGGAAGCUCCAUGAAUUCGCUAGCUCAAGCAUGCACGAGACGAUCAAGCGUUAUCAGAAGCACACUAAAGAUAGUCAAGCCAACAAUCCCCCUUCAGAGCAUAAUAUGCAGCAUUUGAAACACGAAGCAGCCGCCAUGAUGAAGAAAAUCGAGCAGCUGGAAACAUCAAAGCAGAAGCUACAUGGUGAAGGUUUAGGGUCGUGCACCAUGGAGGAGCUGCAGCAGCUCGAGCAGAAGCUGGAGCGCAGCGUAACCACCAUUCGCGCAAGAAAGAUGCAAGUAUACAAGCAGCAGAUCGAUCGUUUGAAGGAAAAGGAGAAGGCCCUCUGUGCUGAAAACGCGAUGCUGUGUGACAAGCCAUUGCAGUUUGGACUACAAGCAUGGGGUCGAGCAGGAUCGAGCGAGGAGAGGGCCGUUGUGCCAUCUGCAGAGAUCAGUGAGGUCUCGGAUGUGGAGACAGAGUUGUUCAUAGGGUUGCCUGAGACGAGGCAUAAGCGCCAUUAGUAUGUGAUUACUAUUAGUUAAAGCUGCCUAACUCCUAGCUUUAGUAACGUGUGUAUGUUUAUAUGAAUAUUCUUGCUUAUUUAUUUUCAUGUCAAAUUGUAAUUUGCACUUGGAACUGCAAGUAAUAUGUGCCUACUGUAUCUGUUAACCACAUUGACUCUUUUUUGGCUGCGAUGGAAUAUUGUAUAUUACAUACACAAAACUUAUUUCUGACA